CGGCCUCCGGGGACCGGGUGUCGCCCGCGCCCAGUCGCUCUCCCUGUCGCUGGACGAGGCGGGCCGGCCAUCGGGCGGCCGGGGCCGGCGGUCGCCAUUCCCGUGUCGCUGCGUCCGCGGGGGCCGCCCGAGCCGGCCACCAUGCCCCUGGGCCUGAAGCCCACCUGCAGCGUCUGCAAGACCACGUCGUCCUCCAUGUGGAAGAAAAGCCCGCAGGGGGACAUCCUCUGCCUCCACUGCUCGGGCCGGGGCGGCGCGGGCGGCGGGGGCGCGGGCUCGGGGGCCGCCGGCGGGACCGGGGGCGGCGGCGGCGGCGGCGGCGGCGGCGGCGGCGCGGGCCUCGGGGCGGCCACCUUCGCCAGCACCUCGGCCGCCCCUUCGCAGAGCAACGGGGGCGGGGGCGGCAAGCAGCAGAGUAAGCAGGAAAUUCACCGGAGGUCUGCUCGGCUCCGAAACACCAAGUACAAAUCUGCUCCAGCUGCCGAGAAGAAAGUUUCCACCAAAGGAAAAGGGAGAAGACAUAUUUUUAAAUUAAAAAAUCCCAUCAAAGCGCCUGAGUCAGUUUCCACCAUAAUCACUGCAGAAUCAAUCUUCUACAAGGGGGUAUAUUACCAAAUUGGAGAUGUUGUUUCUGUGAUUGAUGAGCAAGAUGGAAAAUCCUACUAUGCUCAGAUCAGGGGUUUUAUCCAGGACCAGUACUGUGAGAAGAGCGCAGCACUGACGUGGCUCAUUCCCACUCUUUCUAGCCCCACGGACCGAUUCGAUCCUGCAUCCUACAUCAUAGACUGCCUGUCCUGCUGAUUGUAGGCCUGGGGCCCAGAUGCAGAAGCAAAAGCCUCACACAGACUCUUCCACAG